UCUACUUUAUAUUAUUUCAGAUUCAUUGUCGAUUGAAUUCGUUUUCUUUUCUAUCCGACACGAUUUUGAACGAUUCAUUGGUGAAACUAGGGCUCUGCGCUUUCUAGUUGUUGGUUUAUUCCGAAUUUUAAAACCAUAAAUCAUUGCUCAGUCCGAUUUGGUAGUCUACUGUUUUUUUUUUCUUUCUGCCGAAAAUGUUGCUUAAGGUUUUUCUCUUUUCACGAAUUCAAGUUUUUCUUUUGGGCUACGAUAAAACAUCCCUUUCCAUUAUUCCUCUUUACAUUUUUUAAUUUUUUUGUCUUUUUUAGUAUAAUUCUUGGUGACCCUUUACUCAAAAUCUUCCCUUUUCAAGUCAAGUUGCUUCGCAGCCAUGGAAAAUCCUCGUUUUUCUAAUGGCUCUGUCAAAAAUGGGAUGCUUUGCAUCGACACCGAAAGACUCUGGUGGGAACAGAAGGAAGCCAACAAGCAUCGGUGAGGUUUCAGUAUAUGUACCCGGUUUAAGGAUACCGAGACCCGUGGAGUUUUCUCAGGCACUUGGUGAGCAGCUACCAAAGACUCUAGUUGAACGCUUGACAGCUUUACGAACGCGUAUAGUAGUGAUGGCUAAUCAAGAAGGACCUACAAUAACGAGAACUAGGAGAAAGACUCAACAUGGAGGUUCAACACUCUCAGAUCUCCAUCAGGCUUUGGUAGAUUAUCUACCUGUUGUCUUGGGAUUAACUAAAGAUGGCACCCAUCUACAGUUUAAAGUACAAUUUAAUUGGGUAAAUCAGGAGGAUGAGGAAGAGGAAACAGCAAUGUCAAACGUUUGGUAUGAAGUUUUGUCGGUUUUGCAUCUAAUGGCGAUGCUACAAAUGUCACAAGCCAAUUUACUGCUUCUUCCUAGAGGUUCUAGUGAAGGCCACAACCAUCCGAAAGUAUCAGAAGAAAACAGACGAGCUUCCAUUGAUAUCUUCUUAAAGGCUGCUGGGUAUCUUGACUGUGCUGUUAAGCAUGUUCUACCUCAGUUUUCUGCCGAACAAAGGAGAAGUUUACCGGUUGACCUAGCAGAAGGCGUUCUACGGGCUCUUUGCUUGCAAGCACUAGGCCAGGGUGUUGAUAUCCAACUUGGCAUGGCGAUUGAUAGCUCAAAGGCCACUCUUGCAGUAAAACGAAGACUUUCAUGUGAAAUGGUGAAAUAUUGGCAGCAGGCACAAGAUAAUUUAAUGAAUCUUCCGUUAGCAAAUGGUUGGGGAGAAAAGCAUAGACUCUUUGUUAAGUGGAAGUAUGUUGAAGCUAAGGCUGCGGCUUACUACUAUCACGGUUUGAUUCUUGAUGAAGGAAACACAGAGAAAUCACAUGGCAUGGCAGUCGCUGCUUUACAAGCUGCAGAUGAAUGUUUCAAAGAAAGUAAGAAAGCAUCCGAAGCAUUCAACGCCUCCUCACCUACUUCAAGGACACCACCGCUUUUUGGGACAAUGAAGUAUCUAACAGAGAAAAUCCCGAAAGAUACUUCGAGUAAAGUCAGGAUAAACCGUGAUCUAUACUCUUAUGAAAAAAUCAUGGAGACGGCACCUACACUUCCUGAUUUUUCUCUGGCAUUGAAACCAGACGAAGCUAAAGAAUCAGUGGUUUCCAGUGGCUGCCUGCAAAAUGAUGAUAAAACCAACGCAUUGCUGACCAUGCCCGUCCUUUACGAGCAAGAUAAGCACGUGUCUUCUGCUAUUUUGACCGGACAGGAGAGAGGCGUGCUUAGAUGCCAGGAACGAACAUCAUUGCUUCAUCACUGGAAGCUCACAAAGGAGCAGAUAGAGUUGUGCUGGAGUUACUUCCACCUGAAUAUCGACAGGCCAAAGAGAUCCACUCGUCAGUUUCCACUGGCACUUUUGUGGAAAGGAAGGCAACAGAGUCGAUCAAAGAAUGACUUGUUUAAGUAUCGCAAGGCACUUGACGAUCUCGAUCCAUCAAAUGUUAGUUGGUGCCCCUUCGAAGGAGAUCUUGACAUUGUGCCGCAGAGUUUCAAAGAUAAUCUACUACUUGGUCGGUCCAGAACAAAACUGAUCGGACCAAAAGUAGUUGAAUGGCACUUCCCGGAUCGAUGCAUGAAGCAGUUUGGGCUGUGCCAAGUUAUCCCUGGAGAAGUUCCCCCUAGGAAAAACGAGAAAAGCCAUGACGAGGACUUAGUGGAAGACAUGAACACAGCAGACGAAGAAUGGAUGAAACGAAGGGAAAACAUUGUGGAGAAUGAAGGAGGCAAUGGUGAUGAAAAUGAAUAUAUGCAGUGGUUCACUAGCAUCACAGUCCCAAAGCUUCACAGAGAUACAAGUCUCGAAGCUGAUAUAAUGAAUGUGCAAGCUGCUAUACUCCAAUUUGACGAGGUGGCUUCAACGUUGUCAUUAGAGGAUCUACAUCCAGAGGAGAGAGAAGCAAUCGAAGAAGCAGUGAUGUCUAUGUCCAAUGCCUUGAGAGUGGGAGAUUGGUACGAGGCUCCAACAACAAACAAACGCAAACGAAGAGAGGAACAAACGGAGUGGAGCGAAUGAAACCAAAAGAACAGAGAUCCUUUCUUUUGUUCUUCUGGCUGAUGAGAUAGAAAGAAGAUAUUUAGAUGGCACUCAGCUGCAGAUUUUGGGAGAUCAAUAUGUGCAAUUAAUUUCGUUUCAGCUCAACAAGAGCAGUAGAUAAUAAACGUUAGUUAUUAUGUCUGAAUUUUUUUUAAGUUGGUGUUCUAAACAGUGUAUUUCAUCAACAGUGAUUACAAUUGGAUAAAGUAAAUACAUAACGUGUGUGUGAUGUACUGAUUGAUGUUUCUAAAUAACGAGAUGCGAUAAAUAUGGUAGUAUUGCAUAAAGCAUCAUUUAUAAGUACAACUUAACGCAUUAAUAUAUUUCUCCCAGGAAGAAAAGACCUGCAGCAAUUAGCUGUAGUUUUU